AGAAAUUACUUUUCCCGGGUUUAUCGCUCAUGGCACACAUCCGCAACGCUACGGCAUGACAACCCCCUUGUGCGUUCUCGGCUCCUCUCUCGCCCUUAAUUAACUCACUCGCUUUUAGGGCUUGCCAAAACGCCCAGACAUGCCUCCUCAAAUGCCGCGUCGCAGGGUGCAGAUGCAGAAACGGCCCGUGCCGUAUGUUAAGAAAGUUAUCGUCGUUGCGAGUGGGAAGGGCGGUGUGGGUAAGAGCACAGUCGCUGUGAACCUUGCUUUUGCGCUCGCAGCGGGCCAAGGUUUCCCGCAAGGUCGGUUGCGUGUGGGUCUGCUUGACCUCGAUAUUUUCGGGCCAUCCCUACCAAAACUCAUGGGUCUCGAUGCUGCUGAGGAGUCACAUCUCACCGAAGGCGGCGCGAUCAUCCCACUGACCAAUCAUGGUAUGCCCUGCAUGUCUAUGGGCUUCUUACUGCCCCGUCCGUCUCCCAGCGCAUCGUCAAAUGUUGACACUGCGGUCGUCUGGCGCGGGCUCAUGGUCCAAAAGGCCGUACAACAGCUGCUUUUCGACGUAGACUGGCGGGACCAGCAUAGCGGGACCGCGUUGGAUGUCCUUGUGGUGGAUAUGCCGCCAGGCACAGGCGACGUACCGCUGACCCUUGGUCAGCUUGUGCAGGUCGACGGUGCCGUCAUCGUUAGCACGCCGCAAGAUGUCGCUCUCUCAGACGUGCGAAAGGGCAUUUCGAUGUUUCGCAAGAUCUCUGUUCCCGUUGCCGGCCUCCUCCUAAAUCAAUCGCAUUACACCUGCCCUUCUUGCAGUACACCACAUCACAUCUUCGGCCCACCAACAGCGUUUCGGCGCUUCGCGACCGACCUCAACGUCAAGAUCCUCGGCGAGCUGCCUGUACUGAGCAGCGUAAGCGUAAGCGGCGACCGGGGAGUCCCACUAACACUGCACGCAAAGAAUGAAGGCGAGAGAGAGUGGCGGGAUAUUAUGAAAAGAGCGGCAGACGAGGUGUGGAACAGUAUUAAUUCCUGAGUACAAAUAUACAUGAUCUGUG